AUGCGCUCGCGUGAAGUCCAGCAGGGGAAAACGAUUAAGGAGAACGCAUCUGAGGCUGCUGUUUCAGCAUGGGGCUCGCGGCUUCCCGGCGCCAAGGAAGAGCUUGCGCCGAAUGACGCGCUGACAGCUCUAUUGACAGCACCAUCCUCUUCGAAGUUCAAGACGGUGUCGCUGUAUAACCACAUGGGCGUGGGCUGUCAAGUGAAUGCGCAUGACGCCGUGUCGCUCGCCGACAAGCAAUGCCUGAACGACGCGGUCAUCGACUUCCACAACAUCCUCCUGAACAUCAGGUACCCGGCAUGCCCGAACGGGAAAUCCUGGGUGGUCCUGGACAGCAAGGCGUAUGCGUAUGCCCAGAUGCACGGCAAGCCGAUCGGGAGAUGCACGGGCCCAUCCGUGUUCGAGUACGACUACAUCGCUGUCCCAAUCUUUGCCGGGUACUAUCUCGAAGCGCUGGUUGCAUCUGGGUUUGUUACCGUGCGUGAGUACAUAUCGUUUAAGGGAGUGAGCGCGAAGAUGUACCGCCGUAACAUGCGUGCAGACCUUUGUUCCCAUGCAGAGGGAACGCUGAUACCCGAGCUGCAGCGCCAGGGUCUCCGCAUCCCUAUGCAGCCCGUUCCCAUUAUCGACGACGACGGGUACAUGUGCGUCGACCCACCCGUGGACAUUCGAAAAGAGCUACUCGACCACAAACAGAAGUUCGCAGUGCUGGAGCACGACAUACAGGUUCUUACAGCCAAGAUCGAGUUUCUGGCCAUCAGCAAAGGCGUGACGUCGGACGAGCUGGACGCGGGAGCGCGCCAACACCUCGGAGCCGUGGCCGAGACGGUGGUGCCGACGGCGACUCCACGGCAGCAGGCCGCGAGGACUCCUCCGCCGCGUGCACUGGCGGCAGUGCCUGCAAUCUCUCCCUUCCCUGCACCGCGCACACCUGCCACGAAAGAUGGCCAGGUAGCUGCUGGCGAGGUGACACCUGCUGUGGUCCGGCAUCAAGAGCGCGGCCAGCUUGCACUGGCCUUGCGCAGCCGCGCCUCGACUCCCGUGCCUGCCGCUCCAGGUAACCCCGGAAGGGCCGCAAGCAGUGGACGGACGGGAGUCAUGUGGAACGCAGUGAAGCAGAGGUACUACGUGCGCAUCAUAUCUGCUCGCCGGCAGCAGGUUCGUUUGGGGUCCUACGAGGACAAGGACGAGGCAUCUUACGCGUAUGCUGCGGGGGCCGUUGUCCUUCGCCUUAACUCCUGCAUCAGCUGCACGGUGCAGCUGUCAGACGGGGAGAGGCAGGCGCUAGCCGGCUGCACCGAGGAGAGUCUAAGGCUUCUGGCGCCCGAGGCCCGUUCGCGGAGAAAGGGCAGAGUCUCCCGGGUCAUGCAUGACGUUGAGGAGGUGGAGGCGACCAAGCCCGCGAAAGAGGACCAGCCUAUGGCUGAAGAACCUGAAGAACCUGAGGACCCACCGGAGGAUUACACAGACGACGAAGAGUCUGUUGAUGACGAUGCUGUGUAUGAACCGGAGGGCGAUGACAUGGAGGAAGAGGAUGACUGGGAGGAGGUCGAGACGACUCCUGCAGAGGGCGGUCGUUCCAAGCGGAAGAAGAAUGCGCCGUCAUGGUUGGCGGAUGCAUAUCAAUUGCCGGAGAGGAAGAAAAAAGGGGGAGGCGUACAGGAGCCCAAGCGGCGCAAAACUAGCACAGUAAAGAGUGGCAAGGAAGUUAAGGAGGCGGAUGUUAACGAAGUUGUCGGGGCCGUUGACACGGAGGCAGCCUCAACGCCCAUUGUCGCGAGCGCACCCCCUGUGGAGGACGACACCGAGGCCGUGAAGGAACGCUUGAUUGACGAGUUAAUGGAAGGCGAUGAGGAGGGCGACGAGGAAGGGCACGCUGGUGGUCAGUCGUCAAGCAACGAUCCGUGUGGCGAAGACGGAUCAGAGGAAGAGCACGCCCCCAAAGUGCCAACUUCGAGGAAGCGGAAAGAAGCAACCGGUGGCCACGUCACACGCGAGGAGUUUGAGGAGUUGCGUGAGUCACAGAAGGAUACCGCGAAGACAAUGGCUCGUCUGGAGUCACACGUUUUAACCAUCAUUUCCCUUGGCGAGGGGCGUAAGCGCAAGGGGGCGUCUCCGGGUGCGGCAGCCUCGCUUGGCAGAGAAGCUCUGAAGCGGAAACGCCAGUCAGAUGAUGACGAGGAGUCCACGUGCGAUGAAGACGAGUUGCCGGCGAAAGUGGCGAGGCAUAUGACUUCCGACAAGUCGCAAGUGGUCCAAAGCGCCCUUGAUAUCCUUCCCGCAGAGAAGGCCUGGAAGGUGAGACUUCGCAUAGUGUGUUCUGGUAACCUCAUGGGAGGGUACUCGACAGCAAUACAGAUGUCGUCACCGUAUUCCACCCCCCCCGCAACUAUAUAUUCAUUGUCGCAGGAUGUUUGCGACCUGGUAAAGGAUCAUCUGUGUCUAGAAGCCCCGAACGAGAAGAUGGACUUCUAUCCGAGUCGCGAUGCCAAGAACGCCGGCGUCUGCCAUGUCAUGUCCACCAUUCCUCCCAAAACUGCGACACUAGCGUUAGACGCGGAUAAGUCUCGAAGGCAGAAUCUGAACAAGACCUUGUCAGAGUACAAAACGGGGUUGGCCGGUCGCGCUCGCGGAGUUUUUCUUCCCCGGAUGGGUCUCUUCCGUGACGACGAGGACCGAGCUAGUCCUUGGGCUCGUAAGAAGGAGCGCACUGGGGAGCGUGCCCGAAAAAGAUAUGGCAUUCCCGUCACAGACGAUGGUGCGUCGGAACCUGCCUUGUGCAAUUGGCACAUCAGCAAGGAAGGAUUGCCCUUUGCUUCAGGAGCGUUCUCGGCAUGUGCCAUCGCGGCGUUCGGAGGGAAGCGCUCCGACAAAGAAACAACUCUAAAGCUGUACCACAUGUCGUGGCUCGAGCACCUGAUUACGGACGCCAUUAUCAACUAG